UGUCCUUAUAUUUUUCAGUUAUUCGUAAACUUUUGCCCGGUUCAGGCUUUUCCAAAACGGAGCGUAAAUUUAUAUUUUGUAACUAAAAAUUAAAUUCAAAAAUUUAAUUUAAGUAUGAACUGUGUAAUGUGCCAACGUGCCAUUCUUCGGCCCUUCUCGCGGGUGACCACUCCGCAGGUCUGUGUGUGCAAAAUGGAGCACUACCAAUGCCUCGAGUGUGACGAAAGCAUGGCCUGCCACUGCGGAUUCUGUGGCGGGACCACACACUUGCUCAGCGUCAAAUUGCACCUCGAGUUGGCUAUGUCACCACGCACGACUUCUCCAACCUCACAGCCAAUCAAGAAAGGAAAGAUAGUCCUCUUCCAGAACGAUAAUCCUGCCAACUUGUCAGUCGACUCCAAAAAAAACCGCGGAAACUACGUUUUGGAGAAGAAAAGGGACCUUUUGGAGAGGAAGCGCUCCCUAUCGGAGGUAGCAGAGCGAAAGGAUGUAGGGGUGAUGACGCGAAGUCGCAGCAGUUCUGUGGCCAAUGAGAAGACUAUUUGUACUAAAUCACAGCGCGAGGCCAAUGCCAAAUCAGCCAAUCCGACCGAGGAGUCGGAACCGACUUCACAGAAUUUCAUGGUCCCAAAGGAUCCUCGAAACAGUGAGCGUGAUGGAAAUCUGAGCGGCGUCUCGUUGUCAGUGAGUUUGAAGAAGGCGUCGAAGCAGGUUAACCCGGCUUUGUUAAAGUUAGAGCCUGAAAAGAAGGAGGUCGGCACCGAAACGGAGCGCGGGAAGAUUGUGUUGCCGGUGAAGUAUGAUGUUCUUGGCCGGCCACACAUCUACUCCUUAUCACUUCUAGGCUCCAAUCCUCUCAACGCAAAUCCGAAUGCACUUUGCAACUUGAUUUCCAUGGUACGCCGUGUGGUCUAUACGGGACGCACUUGGCAGGCAUGGCACUCGUCGAUCGUGUCAUGUCCGACAGUCUACUUCGAUAAGCUCAUGAAGCUUCGCAAGGGUGUGAUGUCGGUGCAACUGCCGAUCGCCAUGGAGGACAUGUUGAAGAACUUUAAUGUGGCCAAAUGCCCAGAGUUUAAUUGCUCGUCAAGUAUCUUUCUGGAAGAACUAAACGAUCACUUGGUGAAUUGCCAUCGUUUCUGGACCAUCUCAAAGAUUCGUCUAGGGCAGCCAAAGAUCUUCAGCUUGGAUCUUCGCCUGACGCUUCGCAACGUGCCCAAAUGCCAUGCCGUAAUGCUGUUGAAGAACGUGGUCACGGGCUUUGGAAAGGAUGUGGUAAAGGAUCUUCUGCCGAUAAUGGUGAUGAGCAUGCAUAUCAAGCUGGGUGACAUUACGGCCGACCCGAACUCGGAAGAGGAGUUGACCGUAGUAUGGGCCACCACCGUCAACUCGGAGCUCCUGCCUCUGCGCAUCACUCUCACCAUGUGGUCGUUGGAGGGCGAUAGACCCGAAUGCAUUGUAUCCUACACUGGACAGCCGUACGACUUGCGAACCAGCCGCCGCCCUCUGAAGGUUCUAAAGAGCGGACGCGUCAUUAUCCUGACUUCCGACCAGGUGGCCGGGCUGACCCAGAACGGCAACGAGAUGGUGGGAUUUCAGAUCUCCGCCAAGAUGGACGUCAGUCCCAUGCUCACCGAGGAUGCUCCCGAGGACACCGAGACCCAGGAUGGCAGCGACGAUGAGUCCUCAGAUGGAAAUUUAAAGAAUUAAUAAUAAUAAUUUUUGUUUGUUAUUAUUUGAACUCUGUAUGUAUCUAUAUACAACUUGUAUUUUUGUGUUAAUAAUAAUAUUCUAAGCCUUCAA